AUGACGGAUCAGCGGAACGCACUGGUGAUUUGGGGGAGCACAGGGCGGCGGCUUCAGUUCUCCAUGCAGGAUUUAAGGAUGCCUGAGAGCCUUCGCGACAAUCCGCACUUUCACUUUUAUGAGAGGCAGUGGGGCACCGUGGCGAGUUUCUGGUUCAACCGCAUUUUGAAGGAAUCCUCGCUGCAGCAUCUUGCGGUGGAGGACAUCGUGGGUUUGAUUCAAGAGGACAUCUCCAAGCGCUGGAAGCGGCGCCGAGAAGAGCAGAGCAUCUACAAGAAGCGAAAGCGGCUCUUACAAGGCAGUGGCUCAGCCGGAACCCCCUCGUCAUCUGUGCUGCUAACCAACUUCGCGACCCUCUCAGGCUAUCAAAGUGCGGCAGUGGCGGAGCAGAGAGAUUUGGUGACAGCCGUGGUGGAGCGAGUCGAGUGCGUCACAAAGGAGAGGGUACAGUCCUGGCGGGUUCUCGUCGACGACGCAUCCGAACAACAGCCCUCCAAGGCUGCGCGUGUAGAAAGUACCGCGGCAACACCAGAGGAACAGGCUGACAGCAGUGCUGAAGUUACCAGCGAUUUUGACGACCGCGUUGCUGUCGCCUUGGAGCUCUCUAGUAAGGAAAAGGCUGCCACAGCCAUUGCCCACCUCCACGGCAGCAGGUUCGAUGGCCGCCGUGUAUUGUGCCAGUUCUGGAGCGAACCGUGA